UUCUUCUGCAGUGGUUGGUUACUGGUAACAGGGGAGCUUUGCUUUUGGGAGGAACUGAACUUCUGCUUCUUAAUUUCCUUUGGUCACCUUUAUGUGUAAAAUCUCUGUUCAUUAGCAACAUCUGGGAUUCCUGAAAUAAAGAGAAAGGCACUUGAAAGAAGAUGUUUCUUAUCAGCUUCUCUUUGUAUUAUUUGUAGAUUGCUUUAGAGUAGACUUAGCUCAAGUGGAAGCUGCAUUUAGCUUACUCAUGGGCUCAAAGGCAUUAAUUACUGUCUUUCUGGUAUUUCUACCAACCAUUUUGGCACAAAACUUGAGAAGUGCAGUACUUUCAAUUGAUACAACUGCGAAAAUCGCCGAGACAGAUGAUAAUUACAUAUGCGCCACAAUCGAUUGGUGGCCUAAAGAGAAAUGUAACUACAAUCAAUGUCCCUGGGGAUCGUCGUCCUUGUUAAAUUUGGAUCUCUCCCACCCUUUGCUGUUCAAUGCAGUUCAAGCCUUCAAGAGUUUGAGAUUGAGAUUGGGAGGUUCAUUGCAGGACCAAGUACAUUAUGAUAUUGGCAGCUCUCAGCCUUGCAAGCCAUUCAAGAAACAGAAGGGCGGACUUUUUGGGUUUUCAGAAGGGUGCUUACCUAUGGAAAGGUGGGAUGAGCUCAAUGGCUUUUUCCAAAAGACUGGAGUACUUGUGACUUUUGGCCUCAAUGCCCUGCGCGGGAGGCACCAGACUAGAAGGGGUGUUUGGCUAGGAAAUUGGGAUUCUAGUAAUGCUCGUGAUUUUGUCAGAUACACAAUUUCUAAGGGCUACCACAUCUGUUCAUGGGAAUUUGGUAAUGAGCUCUGUGGCAAGGGAAUCGGAGCAAGUGUUGGUGCUGAACAAUAUGCCAAAGAUGUCACCAAGCUAAAUUCCAUCAUCAGUGAAGAAUCCAAGGGUCUCCACUCCAAGCCUCUUGUUUUAGCACCUGGGGGAUUUUACGAUAAGGACUGGUAUUCUAGGCUCCUUCAACUGUCAGGUCCCGAAAAAGUUGAUGUCCUGACACAUCACAUCUAUAAUUUGGGAGCAGGAGUUGACCACAAUCUUAUCAGCAAAAUCCUGAAUCCUUACUACUUGAAUAAGGUAACUAGCACAUUUGGCAACCUAAGUAGUACCAUUCAGAAUGAUGGUUCUUGGUCCUCUGCUUGGGUUGGAGAAGCUGGGGGUGCUUAUAACAAUGGUGGUCGCAAUGUUUCUGAUACUUUUGUUAAUAGCUUUUGGUACUUGGAUCAGCUUGGCUUGGCAGCUAAGUAUAACACCAAAGUGUAUUGUCGUCAAACUUUAAUUGGUGGAAACUAUGCUCUUCUCGACACUUCAACAUUCAUUCCAAAUCCAGAUUACUACAGUGCAUUGCUUUGGCAUCAGAUUAUGGGAAAAGGAGUUCUUUCUAUCCACAGUAGCGAGCCCUAUUUGCGGUCUUAUGCCCAUUGUUCAAAAGGAGGAGGAGGCGUGGCAGUUCUCUUGAUUAAUUUAAGCAAUGAAACUGCAUUCAACAUCGAGAUUGAAUCCGCCACACAUUUCGAUUCACUGGUGGAGGAGAAAACAGAAAGUGAGAGAAAUGCUUUCGUGCGUAAUCUCAAGAAAACUGUGGCAUGGAUUGGAAGCAAAACAGGAGAUGAAAAUUUGUGGAGAGAAGAGUACCAUUUGACCCCGAAAGAUGGCGAUCUUCAAAGCAAAAUCAUGCUACUAAAUGGAGAACCAUUACAACUAACAAAUGCUGGAGGCAUUCCAAGUCUUGGCCCUGUAUUUGUUGAUCUGAAUUCUCCUAUGUACAUCGAGCCUUUGUCGAUCAAGUUCAUAGUAUUGCCAAACUUUAACGCGCCGGGUUGUUAG